AUCCGCGAAGCUAAUUUUGGUAGUAGGUAGUUAAGAUACCAAUAAUAAAGUCAAUCAAGAUACCUUUCCUUCAAAACAAUGUGCAUAUCUAUCCAUCAACUUCCCUCUUCUGAUUCUGCUCUUUCUCUGUCAUUUCAGCUUCAGUAUACCAAAAGAAUCACUCCAAGUCCAACAUAAUUUUAACGUCUCAACAUCAUGGCUCCCUCAAUAGACGACAAGCCAGUAGCGACCUCCCCCAUAGACAAGCCAGUAGCCCUCGUCAUCGGUGCCUCACGCGGAAUAGGCCGUCAAGUAGCCAUCGACCUAGCCAAGAAGGGAUACGCCGUCGUCGUCUCCGCAAAAUCCACCACCUCCCCCUCCGCCCUCCGCACCCUCUCCCCCUUCCCCCCCGACCCCAACUCCUCCCUCUCCACCAUCACCACCGUCGCCCACGAAAUCACCACUUUGCAUCACGGCACCGCCCUCGCCAUCCCGUGCGACACCAGCGACCCCACCGGCACCUCCCUCAAGACCCUCAUCUCCUCCACCAUCAAAGCCUACGGCCACCUCGACGUCCUCAUCUACAACUCCGGCGCAAUCUGGUGGUCCUCCGUCUCCAACACACCUUUAAAGCGGUACCAGCUCAUGCAGCGCGUCAACGCCGACGGGCUUUAUGCUGCGGUUCAGUACAGCUUGCCGUACCUUCAUGAGUCUACCUACGGUGGGAGGAUCGUGGUGGUUUGUCCGCCUAUUUACAGCCGGUUUUUUAGAGGAAAGACGGCGUACGCGAUGGGGAAAGUGGGCAUGAGCGUGCUCGUCAAGGGACUAGCGAUGGAUUUUGAGCGGGAAGCGGUGGUUUCCCCCAAGACGGCGACGGGGGAGGGGGAUGGAGUGGUGACGAGGAAGAGGGGGAUGGCGGUGAGUGGGAUUUGGCCGGCUGUGGCUGUUGAGAGCGCUGCUACUGCUGCCAGGCAGAGGGAAUAUGAGAAUCCGGAGGAGUUGAGGAGGGAUUUGAGAAGGGCGACGAUUUUUGCGGAUGCGAUACUGGGGAUUUUGGAAAGCCCUGCGGAAAAGGUCAAUGGGGAGUUGUUGCUUGAUGAGGAUUUCCUGAGGGAGCAGUGUGGGGUGAAGGAUUUUGACAAGUAUAGUGUUGUGCAGGGAAGUAGGCCGCGGAGGAUCAUGCCGAGAGUGUUGCCGGAUUUGAGGGUGGAGGAACAGGAUGAUGAGGGGGCUAGGUAUGAUAGUGCGAAGGAGAGGAGGAAGGGGGCGAAGCUUUAGAAUGGGGGUUGCUGGAUGAGAGUCAAGUGGUUACCUGGUGGCUGGUUGAAGGUUUCGUGGAUGUGAUGUACUGGUAACGACUUUCU